AUGGCAAAUCCCCUCCAACGCGCCUCACACUCGUCUGCUUUGCCCGAAUCAGCUUCGCCAUCCGUCGCGCCAUCCACCUCCUCCCGCUUUCCUCCUCCGUACAACUCGUCCAUCGACAAUAUCCCAAACUUUUAUACCCAUCCCGCCCGAACCUCCAUCUUUAACGCUUCCGGUGACCUGGCCAUCUCGGGUUCAGGCUCGAUCGAUCCUAGCAAGAUGGACAACGUCGAUACCGAGACCACCUCUCGUGUCUGGAGGGGCGCCCUCCCCUCCUUCUCACGGGCCUUCAACAUGCUCAGGGCUUCCGAGGCCGCCGACGGCUCCUUUCAGAACGACGAGGACUCAUUCUUUGUCCCGUCAUACCUUGAGGGCUCAACAUAUGUGCAGAAGCUCCGCGAGGCGCAUAGGUCCAAGCUCCAAGCCCGCGACUCCAACCGGACCUCAACCAACGGCUUCUCCCAGAAUCUGACCACUUUUAACACCCAACAUCCUCUGCCGCCAGGUUCGCACCGAGGCAUGGCGCAUACUGUUAUCGAACGCCCUCCCGUCUUUGACGAGGAUGACUCGCUCGCCCCACUACCAUCCAGAUGGAAUAAGGACGACCAAUGGGGAGGUAUCGAGAUUCAAGCCGAUGGUUUGAGUAUCAAGUAUGUCGGGCCCAAGAACCAGCACGACCGCGAUCAUGAGGCAUGUGCCGCGCGCGCCGAUCAUUACAUGCCUGCCCAAUGUGGAGUGUACUACUUUGAGGUGCAGAUACUGGCUGCUAUACGAGAUGAUGCGACUAUAGGCAUAGGAUUCUCUACCAAGACUGCGACAUUAUCACGACCAGUUGGCUGGGAACCCGAGGCUUGGGGCUACCACGGCGACGAUGGUCGAUGUUUCACAGGUCAAAACAUUGGACGGCAUUUUGGCCCUUUAUACAACGCAAACGACGUUAUUGGAUGUGGCGUCAAUUUCAGGGACAAUACCGCUUUCUUCACCAAGAACGGGGUCAAGAUUGGAACUGCAUUUCACGAUGUUAUUCGAGGAAAGCUCUAUCCAACUGUUAGCUUGAAGAAGCCUGGCGAGUUCAUCCGGGCCAAUUUUGGACAGACCCCUUUCGUGUACAACAUUGACGACCUUAUGAGGGAAGAGCGCGAAAAGGUGCAAAAGGAUAUCCAGAGCACCGACACAUCGAGUCUCGUACAAGGAAUGAGUGAGACCGAUGUCAUCCAGGCUCUGGUUCUACAAUUCCUCCAGCACGAUGGCUACGUGGAGACUGCCCGUGCCUUUGCUGAGGAUAUGAAGGUUCAGAAGGAAGCUCUCAGUCUUGACCCAGGACUUAAGGUGGAUGGUGUCAAUAUCCGAGAUGACGAAGAUGCCAACAACCGACAACGCAUACGGAGAGCUAUCCUAGAGGGAGAUAUUGACAGGGCGCUUAAGUACACCAACGCAUACUACCCUCAUGUGCUACAAGACAACGAGCACGUUUACUUUAGGCUACGAUGCCGUCGGUUCAUUGAGCUGGUGCGAAAAGCCGCCCAGCUCAACAUGCUCAAUGAGACUAAGAACAGCAAUGGGCGUGGCUCUAACGCAGCACCUCAAUCGAUGGAUAUUGAUCUUAACGGAAGCGACACCGCCGCAUGGGAAGCUGAUAGUGGCGAAAACGCAGCUGAGCUCGCUGAACUUGAGCGUAGCAUGCUCGAGUAUGGCCAGAAGUUGCAGGAAGAAUAUGCCAACGAUCCGCGGAAAGAAGUGAGCAAGGCGCUGAAUGAGAUUUGGGCACUGGUGGCAUACCAGAAUCCUCUGAAAGAACCACAAGUCAGUCAUCUUUUGGAUAGGAGAGGGCGAGUGGCUGUUGCCGAGGAGCUUAACUCGGCCAUUCUAUUAUCCCUCGGCAAAUCGUCCCGAGCAGCGCUGGAGAAGCUCUACGCGCAGACGAGCGUUCUCCUUGAGGAUCUCCGUCAGGAUGGAGGCGAGGGGGCUUUUGUGUCUGUUGACGAUGCCUGGGACGGAAUUCCUCGAUCGACACAUCUCUGA